AUGGUCCAAAAUGUUGAGUCCAUCCUCACCACUACCACCCCCAUCAUUAUUGUCGUUACCAUCACCAUCACCAUCACCAGCAUCAACAUUAUCACUAUCGAGCUCCCCAGCCCGAGAGAGCUAGGGCGGCUGCGGGUGCGCGGGGAGCAGGGGCCGUGGCGGGCGGUGGCGGCACCAGGAGCCGCCAAGUGCCCCUCCCCGCCCCUCCGGCCCCCCACCCACCCACCCGCCCGUGGCCAGCGCCCAUGGCCGCGCGCGCCCGGCGCAGCCCCCCGGACUCCGCACCCCGCGCCGCCGCCCAGCACGCAGAUCAGCGCCAGCCCGGCCAGGCUCACCUGGUGGCGCCGCCCGCCCGCCCCCCGCCGCCCCGGCCACAGCCCCAGCGCCCACGACAGCGGCGGGGGACACUGCCGAGUUGAAGAGCGCGCAGCCCGGCCGUCGGACCUCCUCGCUCGCCUUACGGUUUUUUUUUCCUUCUCUUCGUUGACCUUGGGGUUCGGGUACCCCUACUGCUUCGGACUCCCGAGGACCUUCUGGGCCCCCACAUUAAGGAGGCAGCCACCUGGCGAGUCUGACCUGGCCGUCGGCGACGCGCUGCUCCGGUGCUUCUCCACGGUCGCGUCCGGCCCGGCGGGAAGGGAGAAGACACUGCGUCCAGCAGGUGCCCCGAAUAACCGCUGGCGGGAAGAGCUCUCGCACGUGAAGCGACUUCCCCCGGUGCUUCCCGGCCGCGCCUACCACCUGGCCGCGGCGACCGUGGCCACGGAUCUGGAGAGUGGCGGCGCUGGCGCGGCUUGCAGUGGCAGCAACCCGGCUCUCCUGCCUCGGAGGGAGACGGAGGAGCUCAACGAACUCCUGCACCUGUACUUUAUCCUUUCCAACUCGCUGACCCAUCAGGAACCCGUGGCCGCCACCGUGUCCUCCUCGGCAUCAGCCUCGUCCGCGCCCUCCCCGUUGAGCAGCGGUCCAGCCGGUGCGCCCUCCACCUGCAGCUUCAGUUAUCCGAUCCGGGCCGGGGGCGACCCGGGCGUGGCACCCGGCACCGCUGGCAGCGGCCUCCAGUAUGGCCGGGAAUCGGCGCCCCCUCCCACAGCUCCCUUCAACCUGGCGGACAUCAACGACGUGAGCCCGUCGGGCGGUUCCGUGGCUGAGCUCCUACGGCCCGAAUUGGACCCAGUGUACAUUGCUCUGCAGCAGCCGCAGCCGCCAGGUGGCGGGCUUAUGGGCAAGUUUGUGUUGAAGUCGUCCCUGAGUGCCCCUGGCAGCGAGUACGGCAGCCCGUUGGUCAUCAGUGUUAGCAAAGGCAGCCCGGAUGGCAGCCACCCGGCGGUGGUGGCGCCCUACAGCCGCGGGCCGCCGCGUAUGUGCACCAAGAUCAAGCAGGAGGCAGUCUCCUCGUGCACCAUCGGCUGGCCCCUAGAGGCCCACUUGGGCACUGGACCCCCUCUCAGCAAUGGCCACCGGCCGCCGACACAUGACUUUCCCCUGGGGCGGCAGCUCCCCAGCAGGACUACCCCGACCCUGGGUGCCAAGGAACUGCUGAGCAGCAGGGACUGUCAUCCUGCCCUGCCACUUCCCCGGGGCUUCCAUCCCCACCCCGGGCCCAACUACCCAUCUUUCCUGCCCGACCAGAUGCAGCCACAGGUGCCAAUGUUCCAUUACCAAGAGCUCAUGGCACCUGGUUCCUGCAUGCCAGAGGAGCCCAAGCCAAAGAGGGGGAGAAGGUCGUGGCCCUGGAAAAGGACGGCCACUCACACUUGUGAUUAUGCCAGCUGCGGCAAAACCUACACCAAGAGUUCUCAUCUCAAGGCACACCUGCAAACCCACACAGGUGAGAAGCCUUACCACUGUGACUGGGACGGCUGUGGGUGGAAGUUUGCCCACUCGGAUGAACUGACCAGGCACUACCGCAAACACACUGGGCACCGCCCCUUCCAGUGCCAGAAGUGCGACCGGGCGUUCUCCAGGUCAGACCACCUCGCCUUACACAUGCAGAGGCACUUUUAAAUCCCACACAGUGGAUAGGACCCACACUGCCAGAAGAGAAUUCAGUAUUUUUAACUUUUCACACUGUCUUCCCGGAGAGGGGAGGAACCCAGCCGGAAAGCACUGCAGUCAUGGUCAAGU